AUGGCGGAGCAAGCGGCUGUUGAUGCUGCGGCCACCAUGCCACCAGCAGGCCUCUCAACGUGGGAGCGCCAACAACGGCUGGAGGCUGCUCAAUCUGCACAUACAGCAACACUUGCACCAGCAACCAAGGACCACAUCACAGAACUGCAGGCCAUGCUGAGCGAGCGCGGGGACACCGAUGUCGGCGCUUCACUGCCCAUGAGGUCCAGUGGGCUGUCAAAGGCGUAUCUGCGCAACCUCAUGCAGCGCCGAGUCAAGGAGCUUCAGACUGGUGGUGCUGGCACAAGCGAGGGCAUGCCGUCCUCGGAGUACCGCAACAGCUUUCGUGCUGUGAGCAGCACUGGCGGACCACCAGGAUCACGAUCCCGCACAGCCGCACGAACGGCGCCACCCGCACAGCCAGUGCGUCGUAUUCACCACAGCAUCAACACGCUGGGGCGGGGCUCCUCGCUCCCACCCAACGAGGCGGACCUCUUGCCAGUGUAUCCAGCAACGGAGUGGCAGAACGCACCACAGACACAGCCCCGCUGGCGAGACAGCGUGGGUGAGUUCCUCUGGGCAGGCGACCAGCGUGCACAGCCGCAACAACACCAGCCGCGCCCACAAAGCGCACAAUCGCAGGUACAACAGCACAAGAGAGCGGGUGGAGGAGCUGCAGACAAGCACGUGCACUUUGCAGACACGAGUGCUGCAUCACCUCCACCACCGACACAGCCCAUCUUCAUCAAGCCACACGAUGAACAAGAACAGCAGCAGCAGCAACAGCGCAAAGGCGACCGUGGGAACCGUCCUGUCAAGCUCAGCGAAUACGAGGAGCGGUACAAGUGGCACGACGUUGAACAUCGCUCGGAGUUUGGACGCUCGUUGCAUCAUCCAGAUCAGCUGCUGCAAGGGAAAAACAUGCAAGACGUGUUUCCAAGGAGCAAAGCAGCCCAUGUGCCAAUCGAAUCGGAAUACGACCUUUCCUUCCGCUGGCCCGGUGGCCGCCCCCUGAUGCCCUCAACUCCUCGCAAUCGUGGCGACAAUGGCGAUGGCACAGCAGCCGCCGUGACCCCACAGACACAAAGCAGCGGCGUGUUCACCGCCCUACACACCGCGCCAGAUGCAAGGGCGCAAGACACAGAAUACACAUCGCGGUAUGCGUGGCACGGCCCACCAGCGCUGCCAGAACCGCCACAGGCUGCUGUCACCACAACAGGGGUCGAGGUCGACACAGCAGAUCUGGAGCGCAGUGCGCGCCAACAGCACGUGCCGUUCAACCCAGUCUCGGAAUACAGACGCAGGUACAUGGCACCCCCACAGCCAGAGAUGGUGUCUGUUGGCACUGAAGCUGCUGCACCGCACACGCCGCGUGCAUAUGAGGACCAGAUUGUCCUGACAGACGCGAGCGGAAAUGGGCGGCCGUGGGCCUCAGAAUACGACGCAAGGUUUCAGAACUGGUGGGCGAGCGACGGCUCUGCUCGUCCAGCGGUUGCGCCCGAUUCAUACAUGACCUCGUAUGAAGCCGCAUUUGCGCCACCGGUGUCUGCCGCUGCUGCUCGUCAUGGGUGUUCCCGCUUUCCAACGCGCCCGCCGCCCUGCGCAUCCACACCAGUCACGCAGCCCGGGCAAAUACGCACCGCAGCAGCAACAAGUGCACCAGCAGCGCCACAAGCAGCGACAGCGACAACAGCAGCAGGGCGUGGGGCUGGUAGUGUCGGGCGGGGCGAAGAAGAAGAAGAGCACAAGCGCACGCUCUCGGCGUAUGAGCAGUACAAAUGCGACCGCGAUGUUGCGCAGCAGCUGCGCCAGCACCAACUUGAUGGAUCAAAUGUUGUCGAGUACUUUGAGUCCAUCGGCAGAGAGCAAGAGCGAGCGGCGGAGGAGGCAGCAUCAUACCGUGUCCGUCAACGCAAUCGCAACGUGGACAGCCGCACAACAAGUGCUCAACAACAGCACCCACAGCCACAGCAGCAGCAGCAGCAGCAACACCCACAACAUGCUGCGAGUGCAGGGCGUGCUAAUGCACCGCCAUCACCACCAUCACGUGUGCAUGUGCCCGUGGAGGACGAACGCAUGCCGGCUCGACAAAACGUCGCUGGGGAAUUGUCGCCAAAACACCGACGCACACACGUGCACCAGCAGCGACAGCGGCGGUACAGGCAGGAGCAGCAGCAGGCACGGUCCCAGCACAAGCCACACCAGCCACGGCAGCAGCCUCCUGCUGUGUUCUCGUUGCCAUCGUCCUCGUCGUUCUCGUCGUCAUCAUCGGCAGCAGCAACUGCAGGCUCUCCUCUGUUUCACCGCCGCGUUAUGCCAGUGGACCUGCAGGCACAGCAGUCGACCACGACCACGCGACAAGGCGCUUUUGCGGAGGCGGGUGAUUCGCGGGCGCACGCGAGCGGGUCGUGGCCGGCAUCGUCGUAUCACAUGUACGACGCACGCCAGGUCCCCGCUGACGAGUGGGUACCGCUCUCUGCUGAAGAGGGUGAUGCCGGCGCACACGCCUCCCGCACAUUCCACACACUGCGCGCCAGCGCCAUCGGCGAUCAGACCGCCAUGAGUGGCAGCACUUAUGAGCUGGCGCACGAGACGCUGCAGCGAGCAAAGCAGCAGAUGCGAUCGCUGUACGGCCAAUGAUGACUCAUGUGGCUUCUUCUUGCAUUGCUGUCUUUGUUGCCAAUGAACGGUUUUGUAGAAUAAGUUGCUCUUGUUUUGUUGUGUGCAUUUGUGUGUGUGUGUGUGUGUGUG